AUACGAAGCUCGCUCUAGUUCCUUCAUGGCCACCAUCACACCAUGGCGCGACUGUCGACAGCGUUCGUCGUUGCCUGCAAAGUGAGGAAUCUGGGCUGCGGCCACCCCUUCGCCUUUGCUUGACUUGUGAAUUCUGCACAAGCGACGAGCGCUCUGUGACUUCAGCAGCAUCUCAAGGUCGGCCUUCCUCAGGGAAGAUCCAAGUGAGUUGAGGAAGUCGAUCAAGAUGGGCGACGCUGAAAAAGCCCAGACACUGCAGACUUUCUUCGAUGUGACAAGUGCCAACGAAGAAGAUGCAUUGCAGAUACUAGAGGCGACCAAUUGGCAACUGGACGAUGCUGUCCAGCUGUUCUUUGCUGGGGGCAUCUCAAGUGCAAGUGAGCGUCCAAGCAACCCUGUGGCACCGGUGCAGGCUGCACCAGGCCCCUCGGAGAGACCCACGGAGCAGUACGACGAGGACGGGGUGCGGGCGCCGCUGCCGACGAGGAGGGAGGCUUUGUACGACGAUGCAUACGCAAGGCCCAUGUAUGGACAGGGUAUGGCGCAGCACGCCGAUCGCGCGCCCCCCCCGGCUCGGGUGGACGCGUUCCGCAACUUCCGGGAGGAGGGGCAGAUGCAACUAGGGGAGGGGGCCGGCCCCACCGGCCUGGCCAAGCUGUACGAGCCACCACUUGAGGUCAUGUUCAAGGGCUCAUUUGAGCAGGCAAAGGCGCAGGCGGUUGAACAAGGGCGGUGGUUGCUGGUGAACGUGCAGUCCCGAACGGAGUUUCCGAGCUACAUGUUAAAUCGUGACACGUGGGCCCAGGACACCGUGAAGGACACGCUGAAAAGCAACUUUGUCUUCUGGCAGGUGUACGAUGACACUGAAGAGGGCAGCAAGGUCUUGACCUACUACCAGCUGUUCCAGGCGCCCGUGAUUCUUGUCCUCGACCCGUUGACGGGGCAAAAGCGGCACGUCUGGAAGGGGUUCGUGGAGCACGAACGGUUAGUGGAGGACUUGGUACCGUUUAUGGACCGCGGGCCUAUGGAACCCCAGGCCCCGACGAAGCGCCCGCGCCAAUCGGGGGGGUCCGUUCCAGUGGAGUCUGCACCCCCCAGAGCGGCACCCCAGGAAGAGUCCGAAGAGGAGAUGCUGCAGCGCGCGCUAGCGGCAUCCUUGGAAGACACCGGGCGGCCGAGCGCCAGCGAAGCGGCACCGCCGACGUCAGCAAAGGGGAAGGAGAAAGUCGAGGAAGAAGAACCACCCGUCGCUUCCGUUUCCUGGCCGCCUCUCCCCGACGAGCCGUCGGCUUCCGAUUCGGACUCGACACGGGUAGCCUUCCGAUUGCCGGACGGGCAGCGACAGCAGCGGCGGUUCCGGAAGAGCGAAUCCCUGGCGGUACUUGGGGCAUUUGUUGCGGGGCACGUGUCCGAAGCUGCGGCCGGGCGCGCGUUCAAGAUGGCGGUCAUGGGGGCCGGGCCGAUCGACUUACGAAGCGACGCCUCAGUCGGAAGCGCUGGUGUAGGGGGGAGCAUGCUUGCGGUGACGUGGGAUAGCUAGGGUCCGGUGUCAGGCCAGGGUUAUUGCUUGCAGAUAUGAGAUGAUUCACACCUAACAAACAGAAGAUGCUGAUUAGGUCUGAUUGAGUCGGGCCGGAUCGUGUCUUUUGCAAGCGUUCAUUGGACGACCGAACAUACCUUCGGCUUAUUUUACCUUGCGGGGUCGACCGAACAUGCUCUCGGCUUAUUGUCCGUUACACUGCGAAAACGGUCUUGUACAUGGUAUUUCGGAGAGUCGACUCAACCGUUCGUUCUGAUUUCUUCCGAUACAGUGCGACUGUGUUUUGAUUACCAG